AUGGUGGCCCUCAAAAGAUCAAGCGAGACCCAGGUCAACGGAACCAAACGUGCCUCGUCCGAAGGCCCAAUUGACGCCAAGAGGGCAAAGACGUCGCACUCUUUCCAGGCAUUGAGAGCCUCGAGACUGAAGACAAUCAACACGAUUCCUGCCCCUAAAACUGAUUUGCUCGAUGUCUUUGUGUGGGGUUCUGGAUCUAUGUGCGAGCUGGGUCUUGGACCAGCUGCCAGCACCAAAGAGGUCAAGAGACCGAGACUGAACCCUUUGUUGAAGAAAGAAGAUGUGGGGAUUGUUGAUUUUGCCGUGGGGGGAAUGCACACUCUUGCCCUGGAUCACAAGAAUCAGGUCUGGUCGUGGGGAGGAAACGACUCGGGCGUUUUGGGAAGAGAUACCGCCAAGUCUGGCGCCGAGCAGCUCAGAGAUGCCGACGCCGACAGUGAAGACGAAGACGGUGAUUUGAAUCCUUUGGAGUCGACACCCGCUAUUGUCGAAGGUUUGCCAAAGGACAAAAAAAUUGUGCAGCUAGCAGCUACCGACAACCUGUCUGCUGUCUUGUACGAGACAGGCGAAGUUUACGCUUGGGGAACAUUUAGAUGCAAUGAGGGGAUUCUUGGGUUCAACCAAGACGUCAAGAUCCAACGAAGUCCGGUGAAAAUUCCUGAUUUCGAGAAUAUUGUCCAGUUGGCUGCCGGAAAAGAUCAUUUGUUGGGUCUUGACACGAAGGGAGUUGUAUAUGCAUGGGGUAACGGACAACAGUACCAACUGGGAAGAAAAAUUCUGGAGAGAACUAGAAUGACAUCUCUGGAGCCACGCUCUUUUGGACUGAAAAAUGUCAAAGCCAUUGGCUCAGGAGAAUUCCAUUCCUUUGCCAUAACCACUGAUGGCAAGGUGUUGAGCUGGGGACUGAACCAGUACGGCCAGUGUGGCAUCCACGUUGACAUCGAGGACGGGGCUGUUGUUUCGAAACCGACCGAGAUCGAAGAGCUCACCGGUAAGGACAUUGUGUAUGUGACAGGAGGCGAGCAUCAUUCGUUGGCCCUGUCGGCUUCAGGUGACGUUUACACUUUUGGUCGAUUCGACAUGAAAGAGAUUGGUAUUGAGAAGGAGAAACUCCCGAAAGAUGGUGUUAUCACCGACGAACACGGCAACGUGAGAUCUCUGCCUGUUGCCACGAAACUUACCACUCUGCCUAAAUGUAAGGCUGUUGCUGCCGGCUCUCAUCACUCGGUUGCUGUCACGGAGGACGGUAUUGCCUUCUCGUGGGGAUUCGCAGACACCUAUGCACUUGGACUUGGAAACCUGGACGAGGACGUUGCCAAGCCUACCAGAAUCAACAACACCGCCACCAGAGACCACAACAUCGUGCUAGUGGGUUGUGGCGGACAGUUCAGUGUCAGCGCCGGCAUAAAGCUCUCAGAAGAGGAGGCCAAAAAGAGAGCAGAAAAAAUAGAGGAGUUCGAGAAGUCUUUAGAAUAG